UGCAACUGGCAGAAGAACGCUCCGCCACACGUACACAGCCACAAGAAGAGACGCGCACCGACACUUAUACACAGCAACAGGAAGAGACACAAACCGCCACACAAAUGCAACAAGAGCAGAUAGUUGGCAACAGUGACGAUCUAGACUGCCUACGGAUGUUGUUCGUUACCAAAAAAAAAGGCUGCACGCCAACCCAACACGAAUGCUAGCUUCUUUUGAGAGGCUGUGAUCUUAGCAUUUGGAGAAACAGCGUCCAAGUCAGAGCUUCGCCGAAAAUGUUUGCAACGAAAAUGGCAAAGGAACGAGCGUUUUACCAUGUAUUUCGAGGAAAAAAGAAUAAUGUCCCAAACCGUCAACAUGGACAUGGAGGAACUGCUCGAACAUCUCAUCGAGGGAAUCCCAUCAGCGAGCUUGCGUGGUCAAGCCCGCAUCCAAAGGUUCGCCAAUCCGGAGCAGAUGCUACUAGCAUUUGCCAAUGUACUCCUUCCGCAACAAGCAGGAGACUACGCACCAAAAAAGUCGAUGUCGGAGGCGGCGGAAGUCAACAGCCUGCGUUGCAGGAACUGCAACUCCAAGGGUCAUUUCGCCAAAGACUACCGCAAGCCAGCAAGAGCACCUGGAUCUUGUUUCGCUUGUGGAGAGAUGGGCCAUUUUGUUGGAGAAUGUCGUCUAAGGAAAAGCAACCACAACAGCAACGUUAACAACUAGAGUGUCUCAUAGAUUCGGGGAGUGCGAUAUCUUUCAUUAAGCAGUCAAGAAUUCCAUUUGAAGUUACAUUUCAAGCAGCAAACCAAAAUGUAUAGUUUCGGAUAGAGGCAGUUGUUUCACAUCUAACGAAUUCGCACAAUUUUUAGCAGAAACAAACAUUAAAAUUCUGAAAAUUGCAACAGGUUCUCCACAAGCAAAUGGACAAGUGGAACGCAUAAACAGGACCAUAGAGCCAAUGAUAACAAAGUUAACUAAGCCUGAAAAUGGUGUACACUGGGAUAAUGUAAUCGAACAAGUAGAACAUGCACUCAAUAACACCGUAGUAAAAUGCUCUUUGGUGUAGAGCAGAAAAGUCAAUUUAUUGAUGAACUUAGGGAGAAAUUAGAAGAAAUUAGCGACACAGUUCAGGUUGAAAGUUUAGAGGAAAUUAGAAAAAGGGCAAUGGAGAAUCAAAGUCGAGCACAGGCCUAUAACGAAACAUAUUAUGAUAAAACAAAGAAAUAGCCAAAAGAUUAUAGUAAAGGAGACUACGUAACGGUGAGAAAUUUUGACAGUACUACGGGAGUUGCUAGAAAGUUUAUACCAAAGAACAAAGGCCCAUACGUAAUUGCUAAAAUACUUCGUAAUGACAGGUUCCUGCUAAAGGAUGUUGAAGGUUUUCAAGUUUCUCGAAAUCCUUACAAGGGUAUAUGGAGUGCUCAAAACAUAAAACCUUGAAUAGGAAAAAUAACAAAUUGUUACAACAUAGAUGGUUAGUUCCUGAGAAACCAGGAUCAGGGGAUCCUUUUUGUCAGGAUGGCCGAAUUGCAGUAGACCAGAGGGUCGGUCCCACUGAGAUAUCAAUACUUAUACUACAUGAUAACGAUGUUAGACUUAUGUUAACACAAUGUUAAGCUGAUGUAUAGAAGAUUAAGAGUCAGUCUGUGCUGACAAGCGGAAUAAAAAAGAACUGCGUGAUAAUAUAAAACCCAUCCACAACAAGAAGAACGCUGUAGUCUAGUUCCUGGACUAUCAAACACCCGUUACUCAGCUACUCCAGGGCGUGGCAAAAAACUUUUUGGAAAAUCGAUAGAAAUUUACAAGACAUAAAAAAAUGAAAAAAUAUUACAUAUUUUUCAAAAGUGUGGGCGUAG